UUCUCAGAAGCCUGUAGGACUCGGCGAAAGAGUGAAUCGCAUGAGCGAAGCCAGAUACCGAUCACCAUGAUAGUGUGGCCAACAGAUCACAACAUUUCCAAUUACUUGAGAAACUGUCGUUUUCUCUUUCAACAGUAUCAAACAAAGCGGGAGAUUGAUCAUUCAACUAUCGUUCAAUUCUUACUCCACUCCUGAUCUGCAAAUCAAUACAUGCUUCAUGAAUCAGGUUGAUACCCUGUAAUUUGUGCUUUGUCAGUGGAAAUAUAGCAUUUAAGAACAAGAGGAAGGAUCGUUAUCUUGUAAAUCUUGAAUGAACUCUGAUGUUUACUCUCAAUGGGAGACUCAUACAGAAAUUUUACUUUAAGGAGCACUAAGAUGCCAAAAAGAUGUCUGGGGUCAUCCGCCACUGCUUCUUCUACUGCAACAUCUAUGCCUAUCACAUUGAAACCUAAAUAUAGGAGAGCAUCGCCUGUUGGUAAUGCAGCAUUAUUUGUGGUCAAGGUAGUUGCACUAGAGGCAGUGCGUAGAUUCUCGAGGGCUAGAUGUCCUUUCUUGUGGUGUGGUAUCCAGGCUUUGCAGGUUCUUUGUGUUCCACCUGUCAAAUGGAUACAAAAAUGGGCUCCUUUAAAGUGUCUGAUCAAUGGGGUGCAGACAUUAUCCAGGCCACUGUUAGUGCUUUCCAUUGCUACUGCAUUCUUUGAUCAUUCUGAGAGUCAAAAUAUUGAUUCAGAUGCUAGAGAUGGUUCACACGUGACUGAUCAGCAGGCUUCUUCAGAAUUGCAGGCAGAAUCACAGAGUCUACAAGAUACUCCAACUGCAAGUAUUCCUAGCGAGGCUUCUGAAAUCCAGUCCCCCAAGAACUGGUUGCAUCAGCUCCAAGCAGAACUUGAGAUUCAGGAAAUAAGUUUACCGGGAAGAUUAAAUGAAGAUGAACUCCUCAGAUUUUUCACUGCUGCAAAUGGAAAUUUUCCAUUCUUCCUAUCGUCAAUUAAGAAGACAAUCCGAUGGAGAGAGACCUACAAUAUUCUUCAAGGAGAGGAACUUGAGAUAUGGUCAAAUAUGGUCUACUGGCAUGGAGUUGACGUGGAGCACCAGCCUUGCCUAAUCAUACGCCUAGGACUAGCAUGCAGUAGUCUAUCAUCUCAUGAAAGACCUCGGUUUAUUCAAGUUAUUGUUUCCCAGGUAGAGCAUGGCAUACUGCAUCUAGUUGACCCAGAACAUCCAAAAAUAACUGUUUUAUUGGAUUGUGAUGGGUUGACCCCCAUGAGAUUUCCUAUGCAAAUGGUGAGGGUUUGUUCUUCUCUUCUUCAAGAUCACUUCCCAAAUCGUCUCGGCUACUUAUUUAUUAUUCGGUUACCUCCAGUUGCUCGAGUAGUUGCACAAACCUUUUUCAAAGUUUUGAAACCAAUCACCCUCCAAAAGCUGAAAAUCGAAGGCCAGAUGUACAAGAAAGUGCUUAUGCAGUAUAUUCCGACUCUACCAACCUAUCUUGGCGGUAAUUGCUUGUGCAAAAGAUGUUCAAAUACAAGUGUUUCUGAUCUGCAACAACUUAGUGGUGAAAUCUGUGGGAUGGAAAGGGACAUGGAUGAUCAUGACCUAAGUGUUGGGGAUCUACAAUCUGGUAAUCAAAUUGACCCGGAUGAUAUGCUCCUCCUCAAUAGCAAUUGUGACCAGGUUUUGCGCACUUCCAUAAUAGGCAUCCUCCUUGUCUGCAUUCUGUUUGCGUUUAUUGCUGGAAUGUAUGAUCCAUUGAGCAGUCCAUUCUUCUCCACUUGAGUGAGGUCAAUGAACUUUCUGCUCAAGCUUGUUUGAUGUAGACUUUUUUUUUUUCUCUCUGAUUUGGUAAAAAGUGAAUUGUUUAGGUUAAAUGACUAAAAUAUUAUUUGU